GGACAAAUGACGUGGCAUUUCUAAACAGCCGCGCGUUCCGACGCCCGAUUGCUGAUGCUGCAGCCUUGCAUUGCAACUCUCGUCCAUUCAGUGCUCAUCAGCCAGUGAAAGACAAUCGUGCAGGGCACUAAACGAACUGCUGGUAACAUCUCCACCUAGACUGAAGAGGAUACCUUGUUAGAGAGAUUCGCUUUUCCUUGCAUCCUACGGUUGUUGUCAAGCCGGCGGACCAGUCACACAUUGUUUCAACAUGGCUCGAAGAUAUGACAGUCGGACAACCAUCUUCUCGCCGGAAGGGCGGUUGUUCCAAGUCGAGUAUGCGAUGGAAGCCAUCUCACAUGCUGGUACGGUGCUCGCAGUGCUGUCAAAGGAGGGAAUAGCCCUGGCCGCCGAGAAGAAAGUCACAGGAAAGCUUCUGGAUCUCUCUUUGGCUCCUGGUGGACAGAUGGGCGGCGAAGGGAACCAGGCAUGGUUGGGAGGAGGAGGAGAAAAGAUCUUCUUGCUUAAUAACAACAUUCUCGCUGGUCUCGCUGGUAUAACUUCCGAUGCCAACUCUCUCGUCAACUUCUCCCGAAAUGCUGCUCAACAACACUUGUUCACAUAUGACGAGGAUAUACCGGUGGAGAUGCUCGUUCAGAGACUGUGCGACAUGAAGCAGGGAUAUACCCAGUUUGGAGGUCUUCGACCAUUCGGUGUCGCUCUUCUCUACGUCGGAUGGGAUUCUCUACACGGCUUCCAGCUGUAUCAAUCUGAUCCCUCUGGAAACUACUCAGGAUGGAAAGCGACAUGUAUCGGCGCCAAUCAUUCCUCCGCGACGUCUCUUCUGAAGCAGGACUACAAGGACGACCUGACGUUGGAAGAAGCCAGGAGUUUAUGCCUCAAAACGAUGAGCAAGACCAUGGACUCUACGAAGCUGGGCAGUGAAAAACUGGAGUUUGCCACGAUGACCCUCGAUCCCAAAACGAAGCAGCCGCUGGCCAAGAUUUAUCGACCGAACGAGUUGGACGCCUUGUUGCGUCAAUUAGAGCUCGGUGGGACGUCUGAUGACCAGGUCGGUGUGGGUGAGGCCACAGGCGGAGGUGGCGGGGACGAAGGCAACGUGGCUAUGAGCACAUGAUACGAGUUUGAACAUAUGCAUGAAUGUAUAUCAUUGGAA